UUAAUCAUGCUGGCUGGAUUGUUAUGGCCGGUUACUACUUCGAUUCGAUCACCUGAUCAGUACGUUGAUCCUUCUCGAUUGGUUUAACAGCUUUCGUGUGCGUCACGUUUUUAUGUAUCUGUCAUAUGUAUCUCUAUGACAUUCUGUGAUUCAUUAUUUCUUUUAUGCAUUCAGGAGGAAAAGAAAGAUGAGUCUCACGAACGAAGGAGCCUCAAAGAAGAAGGCUGAUUCAGAUUCUGAAGAGGAUAACAACCUAAAAGAGAAAGGCGUUUCAAACAAAAAGAAAGAGGGUUUUUGUAGUUUUCUGUUCAGGCUAAUGCCAAUGUGGUCAUUCUUUCAGCUUCAACGGCGAAUGAAGAUUGCAGAAUUGAAAAGGCUGCCUGAUGUUGUUGAGGUGUGGGAUGCAACUGCUUUUCUUUCUGAAAUUGUUUCGGAAUACUGUACUGGUGCCAAGGCAUUGGUCCUUGGUGCCAGAAAAGGAAAUUUCUACAGGAGAGCGAUGUGGCUACUGUGGAGGCUGUACUUGUAGGUGUUUGGCAAAAGGCACCCUUGAUUGAUUCAUCUUUUUAUGUAUCUGCUAGUGUUGAUUCGUGAUCAGGGAUAAUUCCCUCAUUCAAUGGGAUUUCC